CCAUCUUCUCCUUUCUUCCUGCUUCAUGCUCGUAGCGGUAAACAUAAUCCCCAACAUUGUGGACAACAUCAAGAUGAUGCUUAAAGUCCUUGAGUGCAUCACUCGUUCCUCAUCCGAGAGCUUUGUGAAUUCAUCCGAAUUAUUGAACGCGGCUAUAGAGGUAUUGGGCCACGAUGUAAAAACUGUGAUCAAGAAAUCUGCAGAACGUCAGCUUUUGUCAUCAAAAUCAAGCUUCACAUUCAAUCCAGACAUCAAUCAGUCAGUGAUCAUGGAAAGUAUACAAGCUUUUGUCAAACAGAUCCAAAGUGGAUGCGUCGCAUUUCUGGUCUAAAAUUUUUCCAUUCCUUCCAAAUGAAGAGAUAAU